CAGGUCAGUAGUAAGAGUUUGUUCACCCUUAGGGCCGUAUCUGCCAAGCUCUGGCUUUAAUUCUCUGCAGUGUGAGGCAAUGUGUGGCCCUCUGUACAGAGUCUAGACAUAUUUGUCAUUUGGCAGCCCCCUCCCUCACGGAAGGUAAAAAAAGCGUUGAGCUGCAGUAAGGCUGAGCACCCUGCCUCAUGGCACAGUGAGUGCAUUGGAGUCUGUGUUCUCGGGAGGAGUGCGUUUCUAAGUGGUCACUAGGAAAUGAGAUUUUUGAAGUUCCUUCCUGAGUCUGACUUCUAGACAUACUUCAUUUGGAAGAUCACAAAGGAGGAUCUUUUAGAAGGGAAACUGCUACUUAAAGGCACAUGCUUAGCAAGGACAAUGAGUUUAGGUGGAUAAUGAUCUAUUGUUCUGCUAGCUGUUCUGCUCUUGACUGAAUCACACCCCACUCCCCUCAUUUCUGGUGAAUAUUAAAUUACUAGAUCAAACUGAGGAGGUCCACACACUUUUCAUAUUUAAAAAGAGACAAGACUUGUAAAGAACAAAACUCGUCAAGUUCUUGAGACAUGGCUUUAGAGUCGUGGGGAAGCUGUUUGAGUUGUCUGCUAAUACCUCUUGCACUUUGGAGUAUUGUUGUUAACAUCCUAUUGUACUUCCCUAAUGGGAAAGCUUCACAUGCUGCCAGUUACCAGCUUCCCAACUACGUGUGGUAUUUCGAAGGGAUUUGUUUCUCAGGUGUCAUGAUCCUUCUGUUGGCAGUAAUUCUGAUCAUACUGGAGUGGAAUGUGUUCUACCGGUGCUGCCAGAGUGAGAGCUGUAACAAAACCUACCGGAGUUUUAUUUCAAUAGUGCUAGCCCUGCUUGGAGUUGCGUUCUCUGGAUACAGCUGCAUCAUUUUUACUUUGGGGUUGAUCCAAGGCCCCUUCUGCAAUUCAUCGAAUGGAUGGGAUUACAUCUUUAAAGACACUGCUGGAUGGUACCUCACAGAUUAUUCUUCUUGGUCUCGGUGCACUGAACCUGCAAACAUUGUGGAGUGGAACAUCAUUUUACUCUCAAUUCUGAUAGCUCUUAGUGGACUGCAGUUCAUCAUCUGUUUCCUCAAAGUGGCUGCUGAGCUGAAACGGACACUUUGUGGGACCUACUCUGUUUUUGUCCAGGCCAGGAUUCUCUGAAAAUGGCAAUGAAAUUUUCACUGCUUCUCCCUCACCUCCUAGAGGAAGAGAGAAAUGGCUUCUCCAACAUUGAUGAUGGUAGAUUUGGGUGCUGCAAGUCAAACGAAACCCGGUCUUAAAUCUUGACCUCUCAAGCCUCUCUAUUUUGGAUGAAGUUAUUUGAACUAUUUGACAUCUACAUUUUUCUAUUUGUUUUCUCACGUGUUCAGUUGUCCCUGGCAGUGACUCUUCAGUAUUUUACCAUCCAGCUUUUUCUGACAAUAAGGAGGUUUGAAUACUAUGGAACUGCUUUUGUAUUCACAUUUUUUUUUGUUUUUUUAAAUAAACUGCUCUAAAACUGCUAUAGAACUGCUUUUAUAU